AAAUUGAACAGAGAGGAUGUCCUUGUAAGGAGAAACCACAGUCCCUUUUUUGUUAUUGAUUGCCUUCACAUAGUGAUGAAAUGGGUCACUGCUAGUCCUCUGGACAGAUAGGACUGUAGAAGUUGACACGCAAACAUUAACUUCUGCAUGUGUGUAAUGUGGAUUAUAAAUUGAGAGCUUUGGGGACUCAUUUUGCUAGCUUCAAUAAUAUUGCCAAUAUGGGAGAGUUCAAACACUUGGUGAUAGUUAAGUUCAAGCAAGAUGUGGUGGUGGAGGAGAUUCUCACAGGGUUGGAGAAGUUGGUUGCUGAGAUUGAUGCUGUUAAGUCGUAUGAAUGGGGACAGGACUUGGAGAGCCAGGAGAUGCUUACACAAGGUUUCACUCAUGCCAUCUUGAUGACUUUUGACAAGAAGGAAGAUUACAGUGUGUUUCUCAGCCACCCUAAACAUGCAGAAUUUUCUGCUACAUUUUCUACUGUUCUAGAAAAGAUUGUGCUGCUUGAUUUCUCAGCUACUCUUGUCAAGCCUGCACCACCACCACCACCACCUCCACCAGCACCAGAAGUUAAAGCUGAGGUUUAAAUCAUAAUAACUAGCUCUAUAACCAUGAAAAUGGAACCAUGAUGUAUGCUAGCUGCUGCUUCUGCUUGUGUCUGUAUUCUGGUUUGUGCUUAUAAAAUUAUGGUAGUUUUCAAUUAUGCAGAUAUGGUAAUGAUUUUAAUGUAAUUUGAACUUGUGUGGAAAUAUAUUAGGGCCUAAUGUGAUUGCACAAUUAGCCUACUUGUUGGAUCUAGUUUACUUUUUUACUUUGUUGCUUUCUGUUGUCGUAGUUCAAGAAAUAAGGAACAACUUUGAUCA